AGAAGAGGUAAAGGGGUGGCAACUUCCUGAUCGGUUGAAAGUCCAAAUAAUAUUGUUGAUUUUUCAAAUUAACGCAAGACUCUUACGCCUGAAUCAUGUCAUGCGAAAAUAUUUUCAAAGAUUUUGCUACUAUACAUGCAAGAUUAUUUCAUCACAAGCCAGCUCUUCAGGGGCAUAUUAACUUCUUUCUAAAGGAAUUUGAAGAGCGGCGGGGGGAGCGCGAGGGUCUAAGGAUGAACAGCACCUACAAAAACAUGUCCUACAUCCAAGAACAGGGGCUACCCAACAGCACUGAGGCUCUUCAACAGUGUGUGGCCAACCUCAAAGAAAGUGUGGACUCCGCCACAGCUCAGUGCCAGGAGAUCUGUGACCGGGAAGGCAAGACCAGCACGCAGGAGGAGGAGGCUAGUUUCUUGUCAACUGAACAUGAACGUCGAACCAAGGAGUGGAAUGAUUUCAUAGGUCUGCAGUGUGAACGGAGCGCCACCGUGGACGAGGAGUACGAGAGUCAGAUCGAGGCUCUACGCACUCACUACAGUGACCUUGAAAACAAACUAAGGUCCAAGGUGGUCCUGUAAUGAUGCUCAGAACAGCAGAUGUUGGAGUCUGACUUUGAUUCCUGUGAUGUUUGAUGUGCUGCUAUGAAAUGUAUGGUCAAUACUUUAUGGGUUUGUUUACACCAUGUUCCUCCACCAUCAUAUGAUUACACGCGGGCCACUGUGAAGUUGGUGUUUUAACCAACAAAUCAAGAAAUGACCUGGUUCCAGACAAAAGGAAAUAAGGGUUCCGACCAAAGAGCCCUCAAAUUCCAUCAGGAAUAUUUCUCAUGCAACAUUUUGCUCUUGGAACCUCAAUACAAUGCUUCAAGUUCAGCCGAGUGAAGACCUGGGUUCGAUUCUUCACAUGGGCACAAUUAAAUGUGUGAGGCCCAUUUAUGGGGCCCCAAUCGUGAUAUUGCUGGAAUAUUGCUGAAGCAAUAUAAAACCUUUCACUCAAAGUCAGUGGCAGACAUUGUCAGGGUUUAAUCAGUUCAUGUAUGAAACUUGAAUUCAUGCGAAUUAUUUGUGUGAUGCAUGGCCUCAUUACAUAAUUAAUGAAAUAUUAACAUUACAUCGCACUGCAGAUGGAAGGGAGGAAUGGAGUGUAUAUAAACACAUGAAGUAUUGUUGUGAAUGAACCAUUACCUCCAAACAGUAAUAUACACAUGACUUAAUACACUUGUUAAAGGAUCAGUAUGUAUCAUACCACGAUCUAUUCUCAUCUCCGUUUAGAAUAUGUGUUACAUCUUGUAAGAAUGUUCUGUUUCGACCUGAUAUGACAACUUCAUAAAUCAUAAUAUCUGUGUUGAGCCUUCUGGAAAAAUAUUUCUGGAAAAAAUUCAAAAUGCUCAAAAAGGCAGGAACAAGGUACUUCGACAUAGAUUGAACCUUUACAAAGAAUAGUGGCGGUACAUGUAUGUGCAUUUGUGUGUUUACUGUCCUGCAGGGUUAUAAAUGAAGCAAUACUCAAUCCUAAGUUAUUAAUAUCGGAGGAUAAACUUGCAUAAUUCAAUAUGGAUUUGUUGACACUAUUUCCGAUGACUGAUCAUGACAAAAUGAUAGGUGAAGGUUAGGGGGUCAGCUUAUCUACAGAACAUACCAUUUUGAUAUUGAUUUUAAGGGUCAAGUUAGGGUCUUGCUUUAUCAAUGAGAUCGGCUGAUCUACGGUAAUAUACGUUACAUCAUUUGCACCCUGCAUAUAAUUAGAAUGCUCAAUUCAGGUCAAGCCAGCCAAUGUUUGACCACAUGUAUCCAUGUCUUCAGUAGUAAUCCCUUCAGUGUUUCUUGUUCUGGGAUAUGAUAUUGUGAGGCUACAUGACAGAAACUGGCUUGAGGACUUGCGUUGACUGCACAAGGUUGUAACACCUUCAGGAUGCACAUCAGAACACCAGAUUAACUGACUCUGUUUUGUACAUGGGGUUUUGUGCAAUAUACAUUCCACAAUAUCAAAACAUUAUGUAUAUUUUGUAUUCUAUUUUCAUUAAAUUCUUAUCAGUU